AUGUGACGUGUAAAAAUUCCUCAUUAUUAUUCAGCUCUGUAGAAUGCGACAGAGGUGGUGAGUUAGUGGCAAUCGGAGAUCUAAGGAUUGAUACGUCAAAUAUUUGUUUCUAGCUGAGUUUUGUGCAAAAUAAUACUUUCUAAACUGUUGGUAUAGUGUUUGUAGUGACUGAUAUUAAAGAUCUCAGGUACAGUUAUUUAUUUGGUUUCAAAGUGAAUGCACGCGUGUGUGGAGAAGUGAAAACGAAAAUGUCAUUGGAAUAGAACUAUUCAUUCAUUGAUAGUGGACCAGCAUCUAUGGAGAAGAUGGACAGUGAACGAGAGUUGGAGAAAACGUCCACGUUACAACGGACUAUGUCAAAACGAUAUGACGUUUUGAUGCGUUUGCUUUUGAUCGGAGAAACAGGGGUGGGCAAAACUUGUGUGCUAUGUCGCUACGCUAGCGAGGAAUUCAUUGACUCACACAUUACGACAAUUGGUAUUGAUUUCAAAAUGAAGACAAUUUCACUUGGAGGAAAGACAAUCAAAGUUCAAAUAUGGGAUACGGCAGGGCAGGAGAGAUUUGAAUCAAUAACUAAACAGUUCUACCGGAGGGCUCAGGGUGUCAUUUUAGUGUAUGAUAUCACCAGUAAAAGCUCAUUUGAGGCUGUACCCAAAUGGUUGAAUUAUGUCAGACAGUUUGGACGGGAAGAUGUGUCCGUGUUGUUGAUGGGGAACAAGAAAGAUAAAGAAGUCAACCGACAGGUGCUAGAGGAGGAGGGCAGAAAGUUUGCCAAAGAUAAUAGUCUAUUAUUUUAUGAAACCAGUGCAAAAGAAAGUGCCAAUUUGGAGAAGGCUUUUUAUAGCCUCUGUGAAGAUGUAAUCCUAAAAGAAAAAGAGAAAGACAAAUUGUCCACAGAAAACAAUAACCACCAAGUCCAAAGUGAGGAGGUUGGGACAAAAGAUACGACUCAGCUGAUUACAGAGAAUAAGGGGAAGAAGUUUCCAUGUUGUAAUGUGUCAUGAUAGCUGUAUACAUGUUUAACUCAAUAUUCUUAAAAGUAUUGAAGUAACAGGAAGUAAUAUAAUUCAGUACAGUCUUAACUUUCAAGGGACUAAGUUAAGAGGUUCUUGUUUCAGUCAAAGGCGACCAUCCUCCUGAUCGCUUUGUUCUUUUUUAAGCUGAAAAAGGUUGUAUUCGAAGUGUGAAUGAAAACAUCGUAGUCCAUCUUUGAAAUAAUUUAAUUUAUCAAUGCUGUUACAAUUUGAAAAAGCAAAAAAUGCAAAUCAUGCAUAUUUGGGAUUGAAAAACUUGACAAUUAUAAAACAGUUUCUCCCUGUCCUUUAUGUGAAUUCAAGUGUCUUUUCUUGCUAUAAGUACCAGUGUCAUUGAUAUUCCCCUUGCAUGCAACUACACUUUUAAAUCAAGCCAAUGUCAAUAUAUUGCCUUUGAAAUGUCUUCAGCCCUUGGAGCCAUUAUAAGUUCAUCAGAAUUUUUAAAAUCAUUCAUUAGAUCUUGUUUUCUCUUCUGGAGGGUUUAUUUUUAUGUUACAAACUGUGAAUUAAUUUGAAAAAGCUUAAUAAGGAGGCUGGAUGGUCAACAAAUUAACCUCCAGAUCUACCUUAAUUUAUGUUAUAAUUUUCUUUUGUCUGUCAUUUGAUUUCAUUUUGACUUUAUGCCAACAUGGUGUCAAUAAACCAUUGUUAUUGUUAUUAUUUCAAAAUUCUAAGAUAUGAUUUGUUUAGCUAUAAAUUAUUAUUUAGUAAAGAAAUAUUCCAUAUGUUUUACCAUUUAAAUUUGGGUAUUUUCUUUAAUUUUAUAUAGAACUCUUCUUCUCAAGGAGAUCAAUACAUUGCUAAAAAUGGCCACAACCAUUGAGCCCUCUUAAACAGGUUUGUUUGUUGUCUCUAUAUUUUCUUACAAAGAAGGGAUGAUUUUUAAUGCAUUGUUUUAUUUUUUGUUAUUGUCACUCUGUCUUUUUCCCUGAUAACUAAAAAUCAGGCAGCAUCUAGAUUAUAGAAAUCAAAUUGUCUCUUGAUUAAGGACUCCUAAAGUCAUAGUAAUCAAUCUAAAGUAUGAUUUGGUUGAUUUGUGCAUAAAACAUAGUGACCAAAUACAGAGUCAAUAUAUCCCAUAAACAUUAUUCUGGGUGGGAUUAGAUGUGGUCUCAUACGAAAAUUCAAUAUUAAAAUAUACAUAAAAUCAUAGUUUUUAUCAGUCUAGACUGAAAAGUAGAAUUGAAAAUAAAAAUAAGCUUGAUCUCAAGAUUGGAUGCCUGUUUUAUUGUUACGUAUAUUAUGUUUUGUGUUGAAUAAUGUUCUUGCCAAAUGGUUUAAAUUAUCUUGCCAAAGAUCAAAUAUUUUCAUUGUUUUUAAGAAUAUUUUGAUCUGAAGAUUCAAGAUUCUGAUUAAAAUUGUUUAACACAUGUUGAAUUGUAGAAGUUGAUGAUUUAGUUUACAAGAUGAAUUAAUUAAACUUGCAUUAAUUAACAUGACAGUCUAACCACCUGUUAUCACAUAAUCAAAAUACUGCCAUGUCCUUUUUACCCGGUUUUAGAAGUCUAGGCUUCAAAUAAGUGUUUUGCAGAAAUUUGACAACAAAAUGAUGAAUUUGAUGAAUCUCACAGUACUUGGAGAAAUGUCGUGAUGACUGCAUUGUGUAUAUAGAAACCAUGAUAUUAUGCAAUAUGUACAUGACUGUUAUCUCCUUGGAAAUAGAUUGUAAAAUUUUUAUCUUUUAUUAGUAUUUUUUUGUGAUAGUAUUUUCAUUUUUUUAAACUGUUCAAAUGAAAGUAUUAAAACCAAAAGGGCAUUAACAAAAGGUAAAUGUGAUGGUUUAAGUGUUCUUUUGCUAUUUUAUUCUGUGAAAUAAUUUUAUGUAACAAGGAACAAUAUUUUUUGAGUGAUAUUUUUAUAUUCCAACUAUGAAAAAAUUAAAGGUUAAUUUUUUCUAUCAUGCCUCUGAAACAACGGGCUCUCACCCAUUGAGGAAUUUAAGCCAAUUUAUACUGACCUUGUUGAAAAAAAAGACAAAAAAAUUGAACUCAAGGAAGAUGUAGAUUCAAGAAGCAUUAGCAUUAUAAACAUUCUGUACCAGGUGGUUUUUUGUUUUCUUUGUGACCACAGGGUUGUAUUGUUUAUGUACCCUGAAUUUGUUACUGGUUUUUAUACAUUCUAUACUUUAUUUCUUUCGUUUCAAAAUUAUUAUAUGGAGUAACUCUGUUUUCUCAUGCUAACUUUGUUGUAAAAUUUUGCAUGUAAAUUUUUAAAUAGAUAAUAAGAUUGAAUAUCAUUUUUUUAUUUACAUUUUUCAGGAUUUUUUUUUAAAGGACUAUAAAUGUAUAAAUAAAAGAAAUGUAUUUCAUUAAUAACUAGUCUAUGAGAUGAGAACUUGAUAUUGGUGUGUUUAGAAAGAGUUUUGACUGUCAUCAAAUGACUUGCAAAAUGUAGGCCUAGGACUGCAUGUCAUCAGUGUAAAAUUUAUGAGAAAUACCAAUGUGAAAAAAAACAGGAUAAACUGUUAAAUUAAAUCACUUGUUGUGUAUUUUGUUAACAACAGAAAACAUACCAUAAAUUGUGAUAAAUUGCAGUGACAGUGACAGCUUUUACCCCCUUUUGAUUGUUCAAACUUUCAUGUUGGUCAAGUGAGCCAUGUGGCCCAUGAGCCUAUCUUCUGUAAGAACAUCAUCAACUUGCAAUGAAUUGCAAUUGAUAAUACAAUACUUCAGUUACCUAGGCUUUUUAAGUUUUUCAGUGUUUGCAUAGUCUUCAGUUUGUUAGAUUGUCUACAAAAAGCAGUUGAUUACACAAGGUACCUCAAAAAAAAAAAAAGAAUGCCCUAUAUCAUUUUUAAUAAAAUAUAUUUAUAACUUAUUAUCUAAAAGUUUUAUAGGGGGGCUUAGCCACUUAUUUUGCAAAGUUAGAC